AUGAAGAGAAAGAAGUCACGCGUCAACAGCCUUUUGCAGCGCCCAGCAAAGAAGCUCUUCGGAUCGAGGAUGAGACGGACGCUGAGUAAUGCCCUGUCAAACGCAAAGAAGGACCUAAGGAAAGCGACGAGCGAGGACAAAGAACGAUGCUGGGGCGACAUCAACACCAGCAGAGCGGCAAACGGUUGCGCUAAUGAAGCCCACUCCAAGCAGCAGGGGCUCGAGUCAGUCAGAAAGCCCACCAACCGCCACGGAAAGAUUUCUUCCCAUUCCUGCAUCAGGGCACAAGACUACCCAGUCACCAUCGACAAGUUCACUGCAAUCCAACUCGAUCCAAGACUCUCAAACACCCAAGCGCUCGCCGAUCACACUGACUUGGUGCACUUCGACGAAUCAACAAAGAUGGGCAACGCAGUCGCCUCGUCCUUCAUUACAGCGACAUCUGAUGACGGCAGCCCCUCUCAGCCUCGGAGGCGUCCGACUCGAGCAUCGGCGAGAGCUGCUCGGAACGUGUUCAGGAAAGCAGCCGAAAGCGAUGUCGAAGAAGGUUCUGAGGACAGUACAGUCAACGCCAAGAGACGACGUACCCACUCGCCCUCGUACGAGAGUCCGACGAGCAGUAGAAGUGAUGAAUGGUCAGAACGGAUGAGGCUGUCAAAAGAGAGAGUGGGAAGUGCAAAAAGUGAUUCUGAGAUUGACCAAAAAGGGGGCCAGCACAAAUUCAGGAAGACGUACAAAGGCAAAGAAUUUCGCAUGAAGGAGAUCCCGAAUAACCGAGCGGGAGAAGUAUUCAAACUUUGCGAAGAGCGCUUUUGGAAGGACCACUGGGAGACAGGCAUCACGCAAAGAAAUUAUUGCGACCAGCAAGAGGCCUUUGAAAAGAUUGCCCUACGUUGGCGCGCCAAAUUAACGUAUAGAGUUCAUCGCUUUGGACCGACUCGUCACCUUGACCCCAAUGCCCAGCUGACCCAGGAGCAGAAAGAUAAUCGGAGGAAGAAUAGUUUGAGGAGAAGCUUGAGGAAAAAACUGGAAGCUGUUACCAGCAGGAAAAAAGGCGGCGAGUGGAAGGAACAAAACAACAAGCAGCUGAAGGAGCUCGCGGAUCUCACCGAACUCGACCCAAACGAAAAGGUUGUCGUUCUCUACAAAAAGAUGCUAGCUAUGAAAAACAUGCAGAGCUGCAUCCCUCUGCCACCUUAG